CUUAGAUAUAUUCUCUUAUCAGGUACUACUAUAGUUAUUACCGAGUCCGUUUCCCGAGACUGAGAUAUAUAUUCUCUUAUCAGCUCACCGUUCUCGCUCCCUCUAAGCCUCUCAUCGCUAGACUUUGAACCGAACUCGAACGGUCGAGUUCAUAAAGGUUCAGGUUCGAACCGUGGUUCUGAACUGGACCCAGCCACCACUAGUCUGUAUUGUUGGGAAUUCAUCUUCCAAGGCGUCUUCAAGUCGGAAGGUUAACAUUGAGUACAUGCCAUCCACCAGACUCCAGAAGGCGCGCUGGCGAUGUGGACAUGCGCGUUUCACAUGACGUGACGAUGGCAGCCUGGACUCUGGACUCUGGAGUUCUUUGCCCCUGGAAACUACAGCAUGAUAGACGCUGGUAUGCUGUCCAUUUUCUCACCCUCUAGUGGCUUAAAGCAGGCGGAGGCGCGCAUUCGAUCACUGUAACGCUCUUCCAUACGGACUCCGGCGAUGUUAUCCAAUGCCAACCCCAAAGCUAUAAGCUCUAAAAAACCAAAGGCAAGAAGGCUCAUAUCGAGGGAUCAUGCCAAGGAGUCCCAGGACGACUACGUGACUCAACUGCUAGGCAUCACUAUAUCUGCCAUCAAUGUUACGAAAGACCUUGUUCCUAUCGCCCUCGCGAAAGGGAUUCUCGGAACGAUUGCAAACAUCUUCGUUCUUGCGCAGUCAGUGAUUAAGAAUAAGUCCGAUUUCCUGGCGAUAGUCAACAAGUGUGAAACUAUCAGGAAAGUCCUGGAAAGGGCAACCAAGGAUGCUACCGAAGACGAUCUGCGAGGAUCCCUUGGGGAUGCCUUGUCGGACCUUAACAUAUCUGUGAACCGCAUCAAUAGUGAAAUAGCCUCAAAGAAGGAGCAAGGGUUUUGGAGCAGACUCUUCUCUGUCACAAUUGAUCACGACCGGAUUGUUGGAUGGGAAAAAGACUUGGAUCGCUUCCUCGCACUUUUCAAUACUGAAGCAAUCGCUGGAAUCGCGUUCGAUAUGAAGAUUAUGAAGAAGAUGACAUCAGAACUCAAGGGCAAAGCUGCGGAUAUCAAUGUUGUAACGUAUUGCCCACCGGUGCCGCCACCACGACCUUCCAUGUUUUAUGGGCGUCAGGAUCUCGUGGCAGAGUUGACAAACCUCGUCGUCAAUAAUGAGCAUAUCGCGUUGAUCGGUCCGGGAGGCAUGGGGAAGAGUUCCCUUGCCAAAGCUAUCCUGCACGAGUCACUUAUCACAGAGAAAUUUACUGAUAGGCGCUUCUUCGUGACCUACGAUGGCUUGGAUCCGUCGACCAUCACUUUUGAAACUUUUAUGGCUCGUUUUUCGGGAGCCCUUGGCAUAGAGUUUGCAGGCGCUGAUCCUGUGCGUCAAAUAUCAACAUUUCUUCGUUCCGCCAGUGCCCUCGUUGUCCUUGAUAAUGCCGAGACUUUCGAGGAGGCCAGCGGAUCGUCGGCGCUCGGAGAAAUACCACCUGCCAUUGCCGAAAUUGCAGACAUCCCUGGCGUCAUUCUGAUCGUCACGUCGCGUAGUAGAAGGAAUGCACCAAACGUGCUAUGGAUAACGAAGGAUAUUCCGCCACUGGACUUGAGCUCCGCUCAGGCAGUGUUCUUUCAGAUAUAUCACCACGCUAGUCGCAGCGAUGCCGAGGAAGACAUAAAGAACCUGCUCGGGGAAUUGGAAUUUCACCCCCUUUCCAUCAACCUUCUCGCAAAUGCCGCGCAGCAAAAUGGCUGGUCUCCAGCGACAUUGCUGAAGAGAUGGGGCAAAAAAGGCAGCAAGGUUCUCGACCCUGGCAAGGGAAAGCUCCAAAGCUUGUCAGACACCAUGCAGCUGUCGCUCAGCUCGCCAUCGAUCCAGGAUCUCGGCGAGGAUGGUCUUCAUGCUCUGACCGUCAUUGCUUUCUUGCCCCAGGGUCUCAAUGACACCCUGGCUAGCGACUUAUUGCCGUCGCUCCUGCAAAUUGAUCAUGUAUGUGAUGUCCUGUGCAGGCAAUCUCUCGUUUACCGUCAAGACAACUUCAUGAAGAUGCUCGCGCCUGUUCGGCAUUAUGUGCGAGAUUCGUUGCCACCACCAGACCCCACUUGUUUGCAAGAGAUAUGCGACUUCUAUUAUAACACUGUCCAACGGUGUUCAAAAGAACAAGAUGCUGAUGCUGAUAUCAUUAUCUCGGAUCACCUAAACAUUGAGCAUGUAAUUGCCUUCGACCUCGCCCACAUCCCUGAAGUGACUUAUCACACUUGCUGGAAAUUUUUGUAUUGCUUGCAGUGCCAUCUUCCCCGCCCAACUACCCUGGCCCCCGCUACUUUCAAUAUCGUCGAGAACUCCUCCACGUGGACGCUAAAAGCACAUUGCCUCCAGUGUCUCGCCUGGCUCUUCGACGUCCUUUUUCAAUACACUGAAGUCAUAAAGGCCUUGCAUGCUGCUCAGGCUCUCUAUCUCAUCGCCGACGACCACGAGAAUGUGGCAAUCUGUGUUACCAAAUAUGCAGACAUAUACAGAUGUCAAGGUCGCUACACUCAAUCCCAACAGAUCCUACAGGACUUCCAACACUCUGAGUCGUGGGAAUAUCUCAGCACAACAAUGAAAGCCCAAAUUUGGUAUGUCCUGGAUCUCGCCCGGUUAUGGGCAUUCACAGCAUCUGCGGACGAAUUAUUUUUGAACUCCUUGGAAGAUCAUACCUGGGGCUUGCCGUCCAAGAUUUCGCACCAGGCUGCCAAAUUGUAUUACGGGGGGGACAUCGUCCAGGUCAAGAUGCAGUUAGAAGACAUUCUCCCGCAGUGCGCAGAUAGUAAUGACCGCCUGGAUGCACUUCGGAUUCUUGCAGAAGUUGCAUUUUUGGAAGGCAGGUUAUCCGACGCCAUGGAUAUCCUACAGACAAUUGUAGUGAUGUUUGAGGGACACAAUCCUGGACAGGUCCUUUGGUACACAGUCUUGAAAGGUGUUGCGGCGAGCAAUCAGGGGAAUCAUGACCUUGCGAGGGAGCUCAUUCACAAAGCCUCUGGAUCACACGAAUCGCUUACCCUGCACAGUGCAUUCUCAUUUCUCCACAGAUCUUAUGGCUCUGCAUACAUCGAGCUCACCGCAGGCGAGCACGACAGGGCCGAGUCGCAUUUCACCGCCACAAUUGAAGGUUGCAAUAUACAAGGCGACCCGAUGUCCAAGUCAAUGAGCACCCGUGGACUGGGCGAGAUUGCCUUUGCGCGUGGUGACUUCACUUUAGCUGCAGAACGCUUCGCAGAAACAGAGGCAUUGUGCAUUGAGAUGGGAAUUCCUCCCCAAAAAUUGUACAACUGUGGCCCAUUCUUUGCGCUGCCGGAGAGAUUUAAUGGAUGGACAUUAUUUUUGGAGGGUCAGUCGCCAUUUGCAAACAUUAUGUGUUGAACAUAUACUCGAUAGCCUGCAGUGCAUAGUAUUUUGUAUGAUUACCUAGCAGUUUCAUCACGAUUACAUAUCCAUGGGCCCACGACCUGUACAUAGCUUGUAACGUUACAAUUCCGCGUGAUCGCAAUCCGACACCAGACCUUCAAGUUAGUACUUACCGCAACGAAGGACCGAACGCUUUUUUAUCCGAUGUUCCUUGUAUUUCUCCACCCGCUCUCCAUCCCUAGCAAUAUCCGAGUCUCCAAGACACCACAUAUCUCAUUGUCCUUUCGAAGCCUCUACGCAAAAACCCAGAAAAUC